AUGUCAACACUACAACAGGUGAAACCCAAGAACGAGGUCAAGACGUCCACGGCAUUGACUUGUGAGCAGUCUCAAAGAUUGGUCCAGACAAUGCUUACAAUGUCUUUCGGAUGCUUAUCCUUUCUCAGGGGCCUCUUUCCGGAUGAUAACUUUGUUGACCAAAGGUUCGUUCCGGAAAAAGUGGACCGUAAUUACAGGAAGGAUAAAAGCUCAGCCAAUGCAAACUCAAUCAAAAUCAAAACCUUGGUGCGCGGCAAGACAGCUGAGGCAGACUUAUUUCUCGAUUGGCUUGAAAAGGGCGUAUUCCAAUCCAUAAAACUGAAAUACCUGAAGGCAUUGAGCUUAGGCAUAUUCAUAGAUGAGAAUGCACCCACAGAUUUGUUAGAAAACUACAUUUUUGGUUUUAGCUAUGACGAAGGUGGAAAUGUCUCCAUGCAAGUGAACGACGAAAACGAACAAAUAUCACUUCUUGAUUCUAGAAAAGUGGUUCAACAACUUAUGAGACGAUUUAUCAUCAUCACUCAAUCUUUAGAACCGCUGCCUGAAAAAAGAUACUUGACAAUGCGCUUGAUGUUCAAUGAGAGCGCCCCCAGUGAAUAUCAGCCGCAUCUUUUCCGAGAUGCCACCAAUGACGCUGCAACAACUAUCAAAAUCCCAGAAUCCGCGGACUUGGAAACUUAUUCUGUAGGAUCGUUGGAUACCAAAUAUCACAAAGUAUCCCUAAAAGUUUUAUCUGUUAUUGAAACCGCUGCGAAUAGAAAAGAAGAAAUCAUGCGAAAUUUAGACCCUUUCGACCUCAUUGAUAAUCACAACUUUCAGGAGCGCGUAAUUUCAGGUCAUCUUGAACCAAAUGUGUCUAGCUUUGCUGCUAGUCAAACAACAAGUAUGUUACAAGGGUUUUUGAAGACCUCACCACUUUGUGCCACGCAGGCACAGUUUAUGGACGAUUCUUCAACCCAUGACUGCGAAUGUGGUGUGUCUGAUCCGACGCCGCUAUCGAAAACUCUGUACUGCGCUAGAUGUGGAAAGCGUGUUCAUCGCUUGUGCUAUGGAAACUUCAGAGGCUCAAACAUUCCAAAUUGUAUUUCUUGUUUGGGAGUCAGUUCAAUGACCAACUCUUUUGAAUUGAAGGUUAUGAUGAUGUUACGGAGAAUUUAUAGGUUUAUGACAAAAAAACCGGCAUUUCCAAAAUCUGUCACUGCUCUGUAUGAAGUCCUAUUAGGGAAGGAUUUUGAUUCCAACGGUGUUGAACAGGUCAAUAUGGCACUCUCUAUUUUAUUUGCUGAUAAAGUUUUUGAAUUAAGUGAUGAGCGUAAAAAGGGUUCGAGCACUAAUGCGUUUCUCAAAUGCUCAAAUUACAUUGAUAUAGAUCAUGGUGGGAUUCUGGCCGGCAACGCUGGAGUUUUGACUUGUAAUACAAGAAAGGUUUGGACAUUUGUUCACAACUCUCCUCAUGUUCAAAAUUGCUACAGCAUGGUUCUUAUUCAAACUGAGGCGGAAUUGGUUGAUGCUUUGAAAUCCGUUAAAAAUUCAAUCGCAAGCAUAAGAAGCGUAAAUGAUCCCAAUGAUGACAGUUAUGCAUUUUCAAACAUUCAAAUGGAUUCCUUAAAAAUCUCUGACGACACCCAGGAAAGUUUAAGUACAGGAAAAAGGCAAUUUGCGAACAUGGAUGAAUUUACCUGUAAUGAAGAGGAUGGUCAAUCUAUCGAGACUCAAACUAUGAAUGAUAGCUAUUCUAACAAAAUUAGAAAAGUAAGUGUUUCGAAAAAGACACUGAGAAGCGUGUGGUAG